AUGCCUACGGAGCAGCGAGCACACCCUGGGCGCUGCCCGGACGGCAGAACCAGCAUGGGAAGUCAGGUUCCCAUAGCAGGGACGGCCAUCGACAGCGGGGCUUCCACUGAGUACCUUUACAACUGCCAUGUAUUUUCUCUGCAGAUCAAGGAUGUAGAAGUCCUCAAUUGUGAAUAUGGCAAAAACACAAUUAAGUUCCUUCGCCUUCAUAGAGAGGGGAAGAAGCAUUUCGUUAAAGAAGUGGAAGUGUGCACACAUCUGCGCCUGACUUCUCCUCAGGAGUACCUGGAGGGAAACAACUCUCUUGUGAUACCUACAGACACCAUAAAGAAUAUUGUCCUCGUAUUGGCCAAAAAAAAUGGGAUCCCAAGUUUAGAACAAUUUGCUAUAGAUAUCUGCAAUCACUUCAUGACAACAUUUUGCCAAGUGGCGUACGUCAAAACCUACGUUCAAGAAGUACCAUGGCAACGUCUGCAUGAGAAUGGUGUUCCUCACAUCCACUCAUUCAUAUGUGUUCCUGAUGGGAUCCGCUUUUGUGAAGCUGAGCAGUGCCGAAAUGGUCCUCUGGUCGUCUUUGCUGGAAUUAAAGACCUGAAACUUAUGAAGACAACACAGUCUGGAUUUGAAGGCUUCUAUAAGAAUGAACACACCACACUUCCUGAAAGACAUGACAGGAUUCUAUGUGGAGAGCUCUUCUGCAAGUGGUCAUACGGCGAAUGCAAGGAUUUUGACUUUGACUGCAUAUGGAACAAAAUCCGUGAAUGUAUCCUUGAAGCCUUUUCCGGACCACCCGACUGUGGGGAAUAUUCACCCUCAUACCAGAAAACUGUCAACUCUAUCCAGAUGCUUGUCCUUUCCAAAGUGUCACAGGUACAGGUCAUAGAAGUGGUCUUGAACAACACUUUUUAUAAUGUCCUAGACAUGAAGAAUCUAGGCUUGAACAACGACAAAGAAGUUUUGAUUCCUGUGGAAGCUCCUUAUGGCUCCUGUGCUUGCACACUUGGCAGGAAGAAGUUUUUCGAAGCACAAGGCCAUGUGCUGAAAGAUGAGAGGAAAUGUCAGUUUGGACUGGCAGCUGCCCAGGGAAACUAAACCUCUUGGCUAUGUUCACACCUUCCUGAUAAACUUAAUAGCACAGCUUUCCUAUCAAUAUUUACU